AUGAAAAAGCAUGCCUGAGGAAUGCAUGAGACAGGAUCCAAUUAUUGAAUGAGUCCAUGUAUCGCAGAAUAGUGUACACGCACAGGACAAACGUUUCCGUUUCUGAUCUGAGGACGUGGAUUACAUCUCAUCUAUCUCGAGAUUAGCCUCUGGCUGUUCAGUGUUUUCGGUCUCUACCUCAUCCGAUUCAACCUCGUUUGGCACCGUAAAUAGUAGACAUAUUUUCCACAAAUACAAACCAACGCGUAUAGUUUAUAUACAACUGUUCUUUAAUUCUGGAUCUAUCCAUAAACCAUGCCUUCGAUUGAGCGGACUGAACAGUGGUUUGGCUAUAGCCUACCAUGCCCUAUUAAUUGCGUGCUGAAGUGAUGAUGACGGCCUGUCCCCCGUUUUAUGUUUAUUUUUUCUGCAAGACGAACGAGAACCUCUGCCAUCAGUGGAAAUGGAGAUAUUUUUUUGAAAUUUGUGCCCAUUAAACGGAUCCUUUUAAAAUGGUGUGUGCGAACACUGCUAUCAGCAGAAAAUGGAACUACGAACAUGGGUGUAUUUCAUAUUCGAAACGGACACUUGUGAGAUGAAGGAUUACAAGAAAAGCAAUGUAAAACGGUGACUUCAUUUUUCGAUUGAUAUCAAUUGCUUUUGUUAAUCAGGCUAUGCUUUAAACCCAGGAGAAUAAUUAAUUAUAUUCUGAAUAGGUUAAAACGCAGAUUCUUUUUAACCUGAGGUAUUUUUGACUUAAAUCAAUCAUUGAUACUUCGACGAGAGGAAGCAGGACAACUUGAUGUGCGAAUAUAGAAUCAACGCGGCUUUGACAAUAGCCUGGUUGCAUAGAUGGCAAAUACAAGCGAGUUUGGGGAAAGCAAUCCUUCACUACAGAAUUAUGCUAUCACCGCCUCUGCGGUGAAACUGGCCUCGCUCGGUCUGAUCAUUUGCAUGAGCCUUGUAGGGAAUGUGGCGCUGUCCCUGCUGGUGCUGAAAGACAGCUCCCUUCAAAAGGCUCCGUAUUAUUUUCUACUUGAUCUGUGCUUGGCAGAUAUAAUACGGUCUACCGUGUGUUUCCCGUUUGUGAUGAUAUCAAUCAAUAACGGUUCCACCUGGACAUACAGCAUUAUAAGUUGUAAGAUUAUUGCUUUCAUGUCAGUCCUUUUUUGUUUCCAUGUAGCGUUUCUGCUCUUCUGCGUCAGUGUCACCAGAUACAUGGCGAUAGCACACCACCGGUUUUAUUCCAAACGAAUGACAUUAUGGACAUGUGUGGCAGUGAUUUGCAUGGUCUGGACCCUCUCUGUCGCUAUGGCUUUCCCCCCUGUAUUCGACGUUGGCACCUACAAAUUCAUCCAUGAGGAGGAACAAUGCAUUUUCGAGCACCGAUACGUGAAAGCAAACGAUACCCUGGGCUUCAUGUUGAUGCUGGCUGUCAUCGUGGGAACAACACACGUUGUUUACAUAAAGAUGCUGUGUUUCGUUUAUGACCACCGCAAGAUGAAACCCGCUCAGCUGGUCCCAGCUAUAAGCCAAAACUGGACUUUCCACGGACCAGGUGCAACUGGGCAGGCAGCUGCCAAUUGGAUUGCAGGAUUUGGACGUGGCCCCACCCCACCAACAUUAGUGGGCAUCAGACAAGCCUCGCAUAAUGGAAACAGGCGGCUGCUUGUCUUGGAUGAAUUUAAAAUGGAGAAACGCAUAGGGAAAAUGUAUUACAUGAUAACUCUGGCGUUUCUUCUCUUCUGGGCCCCGUACAUUGUUGCUUGCUACCUUCGAGUUUUUGUCAAGGGAGGCACCAUUCCACAGGUCUACCUGACUGCGGCGGUGUGGAUGACGUUCAUUCAGGCGGGGGCGAAUCCCAUUAUUUGUUUCAUAUUCAACAAGGAGCUGAGGAUCCGUCUCAGAGCUUGUUUCCCGUGUUGUCUCAGCACACAGACGCCUAUGUCUAUGGAGCCUUACUGUGUCAUCUGAUAGGUUCAACUGUUAUUUUAGACAAGGGAAAACGAACAGAACUGUCAUGUUGGUAUUAAAGCCUAUAGGUGAUAUUUCUCA